CACGAAAUUCAGUUGAGCUUUGGUUAUCGUGAGUGUAGGCCGCAACUACGGUUGUACGACGUUGUGAAUGUUGGAAUUUUUUUCACGCAAACUGUUGAUGAUAGAACUAUUCAGAGUGUGUGAUGCACAGUUGUAUUCAAAGUGAAAGUCUAGUGAUAGAAAAAAUCGCUGUUGAUUUGCUUCAAGUGCUUGAAAAACUCUGCUGCAAUCAAAGUUAGUUUAAAGUGGGUUCUUUUGAAUUUUUCACACGCCGGCAGCGCUGGCCGUUUAAGCGGCUAACUGGCCGUGCAAAGACAGUGCAUUGAAAAUUUUUAAACAGAAAAGGUGCAACUAAAUGCUAGUGAGACACUUUUGAAACACAUACAUCUUAAAUUUCUACGUUAAAUUGCGUUUUGACUUUGCCGUUGCCUACAUUUAGGCACUUAACCGAAACAACAGCCGCAAUUUAAGCCGCCACCAACAUCCUGCUGUUGCAUUUAACCGUCUCGUUCCGGUCGCGUUACACUACCGCGCUCCCUCCCGUAAUCGCAUUAAUAUUGCAGUCGUCAACAUUUGUUUAUCAUUGCCGUUACUCGCUAAUUGCUGUGAUUCGUCGACAGCGUAGUCGCUGGUGUGCCGCUCAAGGCUCGUUAGCCAUAGUCUGCGUGUGGCGUUCUUACUUGCACAAAUCCAUUUUGGGUUAAGUGUGACAAUUAAUUUUUGUUGUAAUUAUCGGCGGCGUAGUUGGCAGGCGUUAAAACUGUCUAAUUGAAUUGAAUUGUGGACGCAAGCGAAUUUACGCUGGUGGGCGCUACGUGUAUUGUGUGUAUGUGUUUGCAGUGUAUUAGUGGUGUUUGAAAUACUUGUGUAUAGUCAUUCUGCUCAAUGUAAGGCUUGUUUAAAGUUGAAGCGCCUUGAAGUAUGCUACAAUUUUCGGAAAUGCGUCGUUUUAAAGACUUGUAGGCGGCUUUUUAAGUGAUUUGUUUUUUGAUUCAUCAGAAAUGGCGUGUGUUAAAAUUUAUUGUGUAGAAAUUGUUAAGAAAAACGAUUUUUUAACAUAAAAUUAUUAACUGGCACUGAAGUAAAAUAUGCUUUCUGACUAAGAAUUACUACAUUUAAUAAUUAAUAUGGACAUUUAGCAUAUUGAACAUUAUAAUAAAUACGAAAUACAAUAUACCUCCUAAAUAUAGAGUUAUUGAUGGUAAAACAAGUUUUCAAUCAAUCUAUGACGAAAUGCAAAAAUAUUUGAAAUUUAAUAUUUUCAAAAAAUUGACUCGCAGCCUGCUUAAAAAUACUAAAUUGAUGAAAAAUAUGUAUAAAGUGCUUUAAUUGAAUGAUCUAUGAAAUAUGCAAGUUAAACUUGAAACAUUGAACCUAAACUCAAAAUACUGAUUGAGUUAAAAAUAACUGAAGUAUGCAAAAAUAAAACAAAAAAUAUUCAAAUUGUGUGUUAUAAUGGCAAUUUAAUACAAAAAUAAUAAUAUUAAAUUUGUAUGAAUAAAUAAAUUAUCAAAAAAGAAUCAAAUAUUUAAAUCCCGCAAAAUGUUUGCCCCAAAAAACAGCGAAAUAAACAUAAUAAAAUAAAUUUAAAGCAACUUUCAGCCACAAACUUCUUAAAUUAAGCAAUAAAAUUAAAUUAAAAAAAUACAAAAAUUGACAUCCCCCCAAAUAAAAUGCUGCUGCUUGGCCUCUUCAGCCAUAUACUAAGCAGUGGCAAGUGCUGGACGACGCGGCGUACAAAUGCCAGUCAACACAUGGAUAUACGAUUUAUUUUCGUAAUAUUUUUUCUGCUCAAAUGGUCGCAUGCACAAGGUUCACAUCCGCCACGGAUAGUCGAGCAUCCGAUAGAUACGACGGUGCCGCGCCACGAACCGGCGACACUUAAUUGCAAAGCAGAGGGCUCACCAACGCCCACAAUACAAUGGUUUAAAGAUGGUGUGCCGCUGAAAAUACUGCCCGGAUCCCACAGGAUUACGCUGCCGGCAGGUGGCUUAUUUUUUCUCAAGGUUGUAAAUUCGCGUCGUGAAACGGAUGCUGGUGUCUACUGGUGUGAGGCGAAGAACGAGUUGGGCGUAGCGAGAAGUCGCAAUGCGACGCUGCAAGUUGCGGUGCUGCGCGACGAAUUCCGUCUGGAGCCGCAGAAUACACGCAUUGCACAGGGUGACACAGCGCUGCUGGAAUGUGCCGCACCACGUGGCAUCCCCGAGCCGACGGUGUCAUGGAAGAAAGGUGGCCAGAAAUUGGAUUUGGACAGCACGAAGCGUAUACGCAUUGUCGACGGUGGCAAUUUAGCCAUACAGGAUGCACGUCAAAGUGACGAGGGUCAAUAUCAAUGCAUUGCCAAGAAUCCUGUGGGUGUACGGGAAUCCACGUUGGCGACGCUCAAGGUGCAUGUGAAACCAUUUAUCAUACGUGGCCCACAUGAUCAAACAGUAUUGGAGGGCUCAUCGGUGACAUUUCCAUGUCGUGUUGGCGGUGAUCCAAUGCCAGAUGUUUUAUGGUUGCGCACAGCAUCCGGCGGAAAUAUGCCAUUGGACCGUGUCAGUGUGCUGGAAGAUCGCAGCUUGCGUCUAGAACGCGUAACAAUUGCAGAUGAAGGCGAAUACAGUUGUGAAGCUGAUAAUGUGGUCGGUGCGAUCUCUGCAAUGGGCACAUUGACGGUUUUUGCACCUCCCAAGUUCAUACAGCGUCCACUAAGCAAGUCCAUCGAACUGGGCGCCGACACUUCAUUUGAGUGCCGCGCAAGUGGCAAUCCGCGUCCCACACUCUUCUGGACCAUUAAAAAUAACCGCACAAUCAUAUUUCCGGGCGCACCGCCAUUGGAUCGAUUUCAGAGCAUUAACACCGAGGAGGGUCAUUCAAUAUUGACGCUGACGAAUUUCCAACGCACCGACCGCGAUUUGGUUGUGGUUUGCAAUGCCAUGAAUGAGGUUGCAACAAUAACGGCACGCGCACAGCUAACACUCGACUCGCAAGAGGACCGCCCACCGCCCAUUAUAAUUGCCGGACCGGUUAAUCAGACGCUACCCGUCAAAUCAUUAGCCACAUUACAGUGUAAGGCUAUUGGAUUGCCGAAUCCGACUAUUUCCUGGUACCGCGACGGUAUACCGGUGCAUCCGAAUGCUAAAGUGAACAUCACAGCGGCAGGCGAUUUGAUAAUUUCCGAUUUGGACCGCAAAGAGGAUCAGGGUUUGUACACAUGUGUGGCGAGCAGUCGCACUGGCAAGUCCACGUGGAGCGGUUAUCUGCGCAUCGAAGUGCCCACCAAUCCGAAUAUAAAAUUCUAUCGUGCACCCGAACAAACCAAAUGUCCCAAUGCACCCGGUCAGCCCACCAUAUUGAAUGCAUCCGCCAAUGCGCUCACCAUUGUCUGGCCGACAAGCGACAAGGCGGGCGCUUCACCACUGCUCGGCUACACGGUCGAGAUGUAUUCAACGAAUAAAAGUAAGACGUGGAUACCGAUAGCGGCACGCUUGACUGAACCCAUUUUCACGGUUGAAGGCCUCAGUGGCGGUGCGGCGUACAUGUUUAUUGUGCGCGCUGAGAAUGCACACGGUUUCUCGCCGCCCAGUCCCAUAUCGGAGCCAAUUACGGCGGGCAAAUUACUCGGCGCCGGCGUUGGUGGUGGUGUCGGCGCAGGCGGUGCAGCCACUUCGGAGCUGCUGCUCAAUGAAGCGGAAGCUGUGCUGCAGACCAACGACUUGGUCGAGCUACUCGAGGCCAAUGCCACCGAUUCGACAACGGUGCGUCUCGCUUGGGACAUUGACAGCGGUCAGUACAUUGAGGGCUUCUACAUUUACGCGCGUGAACUACACUCGGCCGAAUACAAAAUGAUGACCAUAUUGAAUGCGGGUAGCGGUGCUUCGGCGUGUACGGUCAAUGGACUGGAGAAGGCGAGCAUGUAUGAGUUUUUUCUUGUGCCAUUUUUCAAGAGCAUCGUAGGCAAACCGUCCAAUGCGAAGCGUGUGCGCACCAUGGAAGAUGUGCCUGAGUCGCCGCCGCAUGCCAUGGAGGCCAUACAAUUCAAUCGGACAUCGGUGUUCCUCAAAUGGCAGCCGCCCUAUCCGAAUAAGACACGUAAUGGCAUUUUAACCAACUACAAUGUGCUGGUGAAGGGUCUGGACGCACAUAAUACUACACGCAUUUUCAAAAAUAUGACCAUCGAUGCCGGCUCACCGACACUGCUGUUGGCCAACCUCAGCACCGGUGUUACAUAUUACAUUUCCGUUGCCGCAGCCACCAAAGUGGGUGUGGGCCCAUUCAGCAAACCGGCUGUGCUGCGUAUGGAUCCACGCACACAAUCGCUAGACACCGGUUACACGAGGUAUCCCAUCAAUCGCGACAUUGCUGAUGAUUUCCUAACACAGACUUGGUUCAUCAUUUUACUCGGCUCCAUUAUAGCGUUAAUUGUGUUUCUCUUCGGCGCUUUGGUGCUCUUCAAACGUUAUCAAUUCAUUAAGCAAACAUCGUUGGGCAGUUUACAUGGCAAUCACGCAAUCGGUGCUGUGCGCAAAUUUCCUACGCUACCGUUAAAUGCGAACGGUGUUUGGAUCGAUCCGACAGGUGGGGUAUGGCGUCAGGCGAGCAAUUGCACAACAAAGGACCAACUUCCGGAUUACGCACAAGUCACCGGGCAGCAAACGUUGCCAUUACCCGAUUAUGAACGGCUGACACCGCUCAAUAUGCCCGAUUAUGCUGAGGUUGCAUGUUCAACAUUCAAAACGCCCAACGGCCCACUGGGACACGUAACGCCAAACGGAAAUGCACAUGCCAUAUUGCAGCAAACAUCCGGUGGCAAUGGUGGUGCUGGUGUUGGUGGUAUGGUUAAUGGCAACAAUGCGCCACUCAACGGUGGCAUACACAAUGCCAAUGCGCUCUAUGAUAGCUGCGGCGCUUAUGCAACAACGAAUUUGGUCGCGAAUGCCAAACUCUAUCAGAAUCGCUAUGGCACAACUGCCGCGAAAACAACACCAGCCAUGUCGGCCAACGCCACAGCCAACGGCAAGGCAAUGCGCCAAUUGAGCAAUGCCAGCGGUGGCAAUAACAACAAUAGUCCAGCGCAUAAUAAACACGAUGACUAUCGCGCCGCUGGCAUGUAUUCGGCGCCACCGAGCGCACACUACGCCGGCCUCAUCGAUUUGGCCGCAUCGAAUCCUUUCAAUGACAAAAUGACCGCCUCUACCGCGUCUACGGCGAUUUUGAGCGCCUCGCCAGCGAAAAGUGCCAGCAAUAAGAAGUCGGACGCGAAGAGUCUAUACGGUGGCAGCUGUGCUGGUAGUCAACAAAAAAUCAAUAUUACCGAAAAUAAACUGGAUCUCAUGAGCAACAUUAGCCGCAUUUCGCCCACACCGACCAAUGGCUCGUGCGCCUCAUCUGCCGCCACGGCAUCCAGCUCCGUGGGUAGUGAUAGCGCGAGCGCAACAUCCGGCGUGCUUAUGCCGCGCAUGAAUCCCUUUAACACUGGCAAUAUGAAUGCUAGUAACAGCAGUGGUAACGCUAAUCAACGACAACUACAACAACAGCAACUACUUGCCGCCAGUAAUGCGUUGCGGCAGGGACUUGGCGCCUUUGCCAGCACCACAUUGGCCGCGCAGAUGGUAACCGGUGGUGGCGCGGGCACUUUGCGUCGUCAGCGGCAUCCAAAAAUCUUCAAAAGCGAAAAUAACAUUAACUUUGGCAAUCUAUAUGGCAGCGGCAAUAAUGCAACAGCAGCCAGCAAUAAUAAAUAACAACUGCUCAUUAACCACAUCGGCAGUGGCGGCGGCGGCGCUGACAAUGCGCUAACACUUAGCGCGGCCACAAACAGCAGCGGCAGCGCCGCGCAUUUUGACUUUCUCACAGGUGGCGAAGACGGCGCGCUAAGCGGUGGCAACGCGG